GGCGAGGCGGCCUUCGAGGCUGCGCUGCUCGACGCGUCGGGGACGCUCCUGCUGCUGGCGCCGGCCACGCGUAGCCGCGUCGCCGAGGCGCACGUGCAACGGCUGCUGUGGCUGCGGGGUCGUGGUCGCCUCCGCCACGUGAGCCUGGGCCCCUGCUCGCUCGUGUACGAGGCGCCCGUGGACGCGCAGGUCAGCCUCUACCAGGCCCGCUGCCGCCACCUGCAGCCCCGCUGGGCUGACUUCCCGGGCCGCGUCCUGGACGUGGGCUUCGCUGGUCGCUGGUGGGUGCUGGCCACGCGCAUGCGCGACUGCGACAUUAACGAUGAAGAGUUCCUCCACCUGCCGGCCCACCUACGCGUCGUCGGGCCGCAGCAGCUGCGCUCCGAGGCCAACGAGCGGCUCUUCGACGAGAAGUACAAGCCCGUGGUGCUCACCGACGACCAGGUGGACCAGGCGCUGUGGGAGGAGCAGGUCUUGCAGAAGGAAAAAAAGGACAGGCUCGCCCUGAGCCAGGCCGACUCCCUGGUGCGGCCCGAGGCGCCCCGUUAA